AGUUUUUUUGGGUUUUUACUCAGUGUUUUAGGGUUUAUUUACAGGGCGCUCUUCAUUUAUCGCGAGCUCUGUCUUUUAGGGUUUAUUUGUGAAGGGCCCUGCCUUACAGAUAGUUUACAGGUCGGCUCAGUAUUCGGGUGCAUGAAGAGGGAAAAAAGCCUUGAAAGUGCCGUUAAUUUUUUGCAUGACGAGCUGCUGAAUACGAACCAGUCUCACACCAUUGCCAUCACCUUGCCCUUGUGAAGGCAGAUAUGGAUAAAGUUUUCAAAGCUGAUAGAAAAUUGAAAGCACUCACAUCCUGUGACGAUGCUCUACACAUUCUCCACAACUGACUCAGGAUGACACGCAUUCAAGAAUACAACGUUAUGCCAACAGAACCUACCCUGGAAGAGAGAGCCCAGAGAAUUGCCAAAGCUGUCCGCAAACAGUCAAUAGAAGUGAAGGAAAAUUGGGAGCAAUUGAAAACCCGUGCGAGCAACUGGCAGAAACAGGUGGAAAAGGCGUUGGAGAAACUUCAACAACUGCAGAAAGCUCUGGAUGAUCUUGAGGCUCAUGUGAUAACAGCUGAGGGGGUCCACACUGAUCAGCAACCUGUGGGUGACCUGCUUAUUGACUCAUUGCAGGGUCACAUUGAUAAAACCACAGUAAGUGCAAUUACAUUACACUUCACUUAUGAACAGAUGUAACCACAAUGUUGUAUGGAGACGAUCAGUAA